AACCAGAAAGGGCUAAUAACACAGCUCGACCUCAAGGCCUAGCCGCCUCACCUUCUGCGUCUCCGAUCACUUUUUUUUCCGGUGGCUUCUUCAACCUUUCUCCUCCUUCUCUACAGAUGUAUACAUAUAUAGAUGAAUAUGCCUACUGAAAGUAAUACUGUUUUCCCCUAUUCAUCUAAACAUCAAACAGACAUUGUGUCUGCAGCGAAUUGAUUCCGGCAUUGCCUGUUGCUAUAUCUGGAACAAAUUGCGAAAAUUGUGGUAGCCUAGUUUCUAUUUCUAGGGUUUCGAUAUUUGGUUCUUCAUCGGAACCUACAGAAUUAGGUUAAAAGAUCAGGCUGUGGAUUACUUCAGUUUUUUUAAUUGGGGAAGGUAGAACAUAUUGAAGAAAGUGACAUUCGUGAGUUUAAUUUCAUCCUCUGUCGUCAGCUGCUUCCAGCAAUAAAGUUCAGCUUCUUCUUUUUUGGGUUCUAUUUUCUCGUUCUCCUAGGGUUUCUGUGCUACAGUGAAGUCUGGUUUCGAAUAGUCAUAAUCUAAACGGCAUGGCGUCGUACCGACCAUUCCCUCCACCGCCACCACCUCAAUCAAAUUUUGGUCCUCCGAUACCUGCGCCGCCCAACCAGACUUCCCUUCCACCGCCACCACUUGCCCCUACGCCCCAACCGAGAGGAAAUCUGUAUUCUCAGAAUUGGAGCUAUCCCAGUUCGAGUUUUCAACAGGGUGGUUAUGCGGCUCCACCUAGAAACCCUGUUCCAAAUCAGCAGCAACAGUAUUCAUCAUAUCCACCACCUCCGCCACCGCCACCACCACCAGAGUCCGCUUACCCACCACCACCUCCUCCUUCUCAGCCAGGACAAAUGUACUUCCCAUCCUCUCAGUAUCCUCAAUUCAGCAACCAGCCUUUGCAGCAACAAUUGCAACCGCCACCUCCACCUCCACCUUCCUCUCCCCCCAGUUCUUCGAUCCCUCCGCCACCACCACCUCCAUCACAACCACCAUCGCCUCCGCCACCUCCUUCAGCAGUCCCCAUGGCUAAUCAAAGCAAGGAACAUAGACAGGGUGACCAUAAAGGGCCUUCCAAGGAUUUGUCAGGUUCUAAAUGGCGUGACCCAGCUCAUUCACACCACAAGGUUCCUCCUAGACAGCAAGUUAAGGCUGCUGCUCUACCUCCAAUGCCAGCAAGAGCGUCGAAUGGCCCUCCUGGCAGGGUUGAGACAGAAGAAGAGAGGAGGAUGCGCAAGAAGAGAGAAAUAGAGAAGCAAAGGCAAGAGGAAAAACAUAGGCAGCAAUUGAAGGAAUCUCAGAAUAAGGUCCUUCAGAAGACCCAAAUGUUAACUUCAGCGAUCAAACCACAUGGUUCAAUUAGCGGUUCACAUAUGGGUGAUAGGAGGGCCACCACAUUUUUGAGUGGUGAAAGGGCAGAAAAUCGGUUAAAAAAGCCAACAACAUUUCUUUGCAAGUUGAAGUUCCGGGAUGAGUUACCAGAUUCGACGGCCCAGCCAAAGCUUCUGUCUUUAAGGAGAGACAAAGAUCGAGCUGCUAAAUACGCCAUCACUUCAUUGGAAAAUGUGCACAAGCCUCAAUUGUAUGUUGAGCCAGACCUUGGAAUACCGCUUGACCUACUUGAUCUCAGUGUGUACAAUGCUCCAAAGGAUGAAAUGUUCCAUGUUGCUCCUGAGGAUGACAAACUGUUGCAGGAGGAUGUUUCUGUGACCCCUAUUAAGAAAGAUGGCUUAAAGAGAAAGGAGCGCCCUACAGAUAAAGGCAUGUCUUGGUUGGUGAAGACGCAAUACAUAUCCCCUCUUAGCACAGAUGCGACUAGACAGUCUUUGACUGAAAAACAAGCAAGAGAUCUCCGGGAAACACGUGGACGCAACAUGCUAGAUAGUCUGAAUAGCAGGGAAAGGAAAAUUCAGGAUAUUGAGUCCUCGUUUGAAGCAUGCAAAUCACAUCCCGUUCAUGCUACUAAUAAGAAGCUGCAGCCCGUCGAGAUUUUGCCAUUAUUUCCUGAUUUUGAAAGGUGGAAUGAUCAGUUUGUUAUUGCAACCUUUGACGGAGCUCCUACCACUGAUUCAGAAAGCUAUAACAAGAUGGAAAAAUCCGUUCGUGAUGCCCAUGAAUCUCAGGCCAUAAUGAAAAGUUUCGUGGCAAGCACCUCGGGUUCAGCUAAACCUGACAAAUUUUUGGCUUAUAUGGUUCCUUCGGUUGGUGAGCUAUCGAAAGAUAUAUAUGAUGAAAAUGAAGAUAUAUCUUACACAUGGGUUCGCGAGUAUCACUGGGAUGUUCGGGGUGAGGAUGCAGAUGAUCCUACUAAUUUCCUUGUGGCAUUUGGUGAAUCGGAGGCUCGCUACAUGCCUCUGCCGACAAAACUCAUGCUAAGGAAAAAGAGAGCCCGGGAAGGAAAAACCAGCGACGAGAUUGAACAUUUCCCUGUUCCAGCAACGGUCACUAUUAGACAAAGAUCAGCUGUUUCGAUACAGAUGCAAGAAUCUGAGAGUUAUGUAGGUUCAAAAAAUUCUAGGCAUGAAAUGGAACCAAAGGGGAUGCAAUUGCAAGAUGAAGGGGAUAUGGAUCAAUCUAGUGGAGCUGAAUAUGAUGAUGAUAUAUCUGAUUGAUAAUAGUUGCCAAUAGUAGAAGAAAAUGGGACACAAACUACAAAUUGGAUCGAGUUUUUUUUGGUAACUGUUGGUAUUUGGGUCAGCUUACACACCGACUUAUACUUGUGCAAUCAUGAAUGACCUCGAGUUAUUGUUGGUGAACCUUGUAAACAUUUG